AUACUUUUUAUUAGUAUUAUAUACGUUUGAGAAAUGUAGAUUCAAAUAAUUAUUGUUAACUUACAAAAUAUUAAGUAAGCAUAAAACAUGCAAUUGACACAUUUUAAUAUGUUAAUUACACUGGAACUAUUAACAUUUGUAAGUAACAUUUAUAAGUAACGAACAGACAAACGUAUACUGCUAUUGAAGCUUUCGUUCUCUGUAUCAAUAAUAGCAGAAUCCAAGUCAUUGUUAAAGGUCUAUUGAGUUUUGGAUGUUCAGUGUUAUGGUAACGCUUAUUACAUUGAUCCUGGUUGGAACUAAUUCUUUAAGUAUUAAUUUCUUUUAUGUAGCUAUUGCUUUUCAUCUAUUUUCAUUAAUUCUAGAUUAUUCUUUAAUUUGUUCGAAUUGUUUCGACUAAUAGCAGUUAUUGAUGUUAAUGAAAUGUAUGCAAUUUAUGUGCUAAUAGUUCUCCAUUUUAGUUAUAAUUUUGCUUAAAGCAUCGUAAGCCAUGCACGUGUACGUACAUGUAAGUUCAUCUGUUACUGAAAAGAUAGCGAGUACCUCGUGAACAAAUUGUAACGGUUGUAAUUAUUAGCAUUAAAUGAAUAACAAUACAAACAUAUCUUGUUGAAAUAUUGUGCAAUAUUCUUUACAUAAAACAUAUUAUUGUCAUUUUAAUAUGACUUUUAUAUAAUUAAUUACUACAAGUUUUUGCAAUCAUUUAAGACCUUAUUAAUAUUUCUCCCUAAGGAAGAAAGUCACAUAAAAUGACAAAACACAUAUUGGUAAGAAAAUACUAUAGUAUAAUUAUAUGAUUCAUCAAUAUUUUUUUAUGUUAAACAUGUUCUAUGUUAAACAACACACACAACUUUCACAUUAUUCAAGCAAUAUUGCAAAGUCUGAUAAGGUAAGAAACACAGCUCAUGACGAUUCAAAUGCAACUGAAGCUGUCGUUCUUUUCAAGAUUGUGUUUGCGCCUGCGCAUGAAUAUUCUUUGCACCGCACAAUAAACGCCGCUAUUAACAUAAUCGAUACCUCAAUUUGAAACAAUUGAAGCAAUUGAGGUAAUUUCGAUGAACUUUAUUUUAUCUAUAUAACGGUUACAUUGGUCUAUUACUAAAACAAUUACUUUUUUACUUUUUAGUAAUAGACCAACGUACUUUUUCUAUUAAACUAUUUUCGUGAAAAAGGGGAAAGAAUUCAUAAUUUAUACUGUAAAGGCUGCAAAGGAAAAGAUAACGUAAAAAUGAAAGACUCGUUUUAUUGUUGAGUCGUAAACUGAACAAGAUGUACGGGAUUGAAGAGUAUUAUUACAAAGUCAAUCGAGUGUUUAUGAAGACGCUUGGCUUAUGGCCUUAUCAGCAACCAUACAUUGCUCAGUUACAGAAAGUGUUGUUUUCCAGUAUUCUUUUCUCGUUUAUACUUGUUCAGUGCUUAGCAUGUUUUACAAUGAAAUUCAGUACAGACCUUUUCUUGAAGAUUCUGUCAUUUCUGUUUCCUACUCUUUUCGCGACUACGAAAUACUGUGUUUUCGUCAUUCGGGCGGACAGUGUAAAGCUGCUUCUAGAAGAGAUACGAAAUGACUUAACUCUGUUAAAAAACGAAGUGGAAAUUGACAUUAUAAAAAAGUAUGCUGACAAUAUGAGAUUUAUAACAAUGGUUUCGAUCGUGUCUUCUUAUGCUGGUACAGUCUGUUACGUAAUGUCACAAUAUCUUUUACCGUUGUUGCUUAAUGUUCUGUUACCAUUAAAUGCAUCACGAUCUUUGGAACUCAUUGGCAUCACAGAGUACUUUGUCAAUCGCGAGAAAUUUUUUUGGGCAUUGCUAUUCCACGAAGUGGUUACCGUUUAUGUGGGAGUUACCGCAGUAUGUAGCACCGGUGGAACAACAAUAAUGUACUUCCUACACUCAUGUGCACUGUUUAAAGUAGCAAGCUAUCGAAUAGAAAACGCUAUCGAUAAGAAAAUAUUAGCAAUCCCGGAUCCUACAAGAAAAUAUCUUCUUCAGCAGAAGAUUGUGCAUGCAAUUCUAAUUCAUCGCAGAGCCAUCAAGUAUAUUGAGCUGUGGUCAUCCAAUUUUAUGGUACCGUUCACUAUUUUGAUCCUAAUUGGAGUUAGUUCCUUAAGUUUUAAUCUUUUUCAUUUACUUCAAUUAGUAAUCGUGUUGGACGAUCCCAGUGAGAUGUACUUUGCGUUUCUAUUGAUUACUCUUCAUGUUGGUUAUAUGUUCGCCCUUAAUUAUGGUGGACAAGAAAUACAAAAUCACGGGGUGCAAUUAUUCGAAGCGAUUUAUAAUGGACUGUGGUAUGCAGCACCGCUGCAUACACAGAAAUUACUAUUAUUUCUAAUGCAAAAGGCAGCAGUGAAAGUCACUUUGGUAUGUGGCAGUAUAUUUGUUGCGUCUUUGGAAGGUUUUGUCACGCUUGUCAGUUCAGCGGUAUCUUAUUUUACAGUGAUGUAUUCUACGCGGCAAUAACGAACACAAGGAAAAUAUAUUCUUAAUCGAAUUUAUAUCAUAAUUAAGAUAUAAUUUUAUAGCCCACGCGUUAUAAAUCUCCUAUGUAUACAUAUAGCAUUUAAACUUGUUAUGUGAUAAUUAUAAUAUGUUAUAACUAUAUAAUAAUUUACUUCUUCAUUGUUAUCUAGGUAUUUAUAAUAUGUUUUUUUUGUUCGUACUUUAUGUUUAUUUUCCAGUGUGGAAAGUGGAAAGUAGAUUACAUAUUUGUCAGAAUAUAUAAAAUAUAUUUUUCUAAAAUACGAAAUAAACGAUUAGCAUUAAACAAGCAUUAAGUAUGAAUAUUAAAUUGUACAUAUUUGUGCAAAUGUAAAUAUUGGAACAUGCAAUUUGUAUAAUAUACAUAUAUGAAAUAUAGGUUCGAAUAAUGACUACUGACUUAGAAAAUAUUAAUUAAACAUUAAACACGCAGUUGAAAUAUAUUCAUUGUACUGGAACUAUUCACCAUUAUUACAAAUAACAAACGGACAAACGUAUAACGCUAUUCAUUGUAAAUUUAUACAUUGUAUCAUUGUAAAUUUAAUAAACAUAACACAGAAACCAAUUGCACAUGAAAAUA